AUGGGCCUAAUAGCUACUGCUAAGGUAGUUACUAGAGCUGAAAUGACUGGUCAGCCCUUUCUUGUACAGCCAGGGAAUCGAGAAUGGUUGACAUCUAUUGAGUGUAUCAACUCUACUGGAUGGGCUCUCCCGCUGUGUAUCAUCUUCAAAGGAAAGGUCCAUAUUGAGGGAUGGUAUCAAGACAAGGCUUUACCACGCAAUUGGAGGAUAGAAAUCAGUGACAAUACUGUCACAAAUGGAUGGACAACUAAUCAGAUUGGACUACAGUGGCUUCAAGAAACCUUUUUUCCAGCUACAAAUGGC